UGAUCGGGCUUGGGUUCAUCGGCGACAUUCUGUAUGGCACUGCCCUGCUAGCUGUCGCUGAUUCUUUUUCUGUCAAUGUGAACCAACAAGGGUGGAACUCUUUUGGAGAGAAGGAACUUGAUUUGGUAUAUAAAUGGACUUUUGAAGGUGAAAAGAUCAUUCAUGCAAAGCCCUUUGGAAUUAGAAACGCAGUCGGUGCAUAUGGGUACUCAGUGUUUUCGGAACCAAGCAUCAUCUUCGAGGGAAGAAUAGAUUGUCAAGGGCAUAACCAAAAUCCACAAACAUGGUCUGUUGGUAGGGCUGAUCAAUGGCCGUUCGGAUUUAUCCCGUGUCAACCAAAACAUAUCACUGGGGCACCUGUAUCAGUUGUUAGAUCAGUUGGGGAAAUGCAAGCCACUGGUCAACCUGCUGGAGUUCAGUUGGUUCAGCAUCAACUUGCUUAUCAGCAUAUUCAGCAGCAGCAGCAACUUCAGCAACAACUGCAAGCCUUUUGGGCAAACCAGUACCAAGAAGUCAAAAAGGUUACUAAUUUCAAGAAGAACUGCCUUCCCUUGGCAAGGAUCAAGAAGAUUAUGAAGGCUGAUGAAGAUGUCAGAAUGGUAUCGGAUGACGCGCCUGUGAUACUUGCAAAGGCCUGUGAGAUGUUCAUAUCAGAGUUAACCAUGCGUUCACGGAACCACAGUAAAACCAGAACACUUCAGAAGAAUGAUAUUGCAGCAGCAGUCGCGGAGACUAAUACCUUUGAUUUCCUGGUGGACAUUGUGCCUCACGAGAAAAUGACUGAUUAUCCUCCUGCAUUUCAGUUUCCAAGGAACUUUAGUAAUGAGGGUGGGUGCCAAACUGUGAAUCCAGAAGGUCCAUUGUUGCCAUCAGAAACUAUAGGUGACAGUUUACCUGUAUCUCCUGCAUUUCAGAUUAUAGAAGCGGAUGAGGACAUCAGCGAGGAAAAUUCUGAUUAAUUGAGAUUCUAGAAGUUCCUGACAGGCAUUUGAGUUCUUAUUUCAUUUGAUGAAAAUCCAUUGCUACAGUUACUAUAUUGCUAAUUUUACAAAAUCUAGUCCAACAUAAUUGAUUUUAUGAUUGGUAAUAUUGAUUUUGAUGGAAGCAAAACUUUCUUGUUAUCCUGUUGAGUAUAAUGCAUUUGGGAUGAUGUCCGAUGAAUAAUUGUUUUGUUUUUAUAUGUUAAAAGUUUGUUACUUUACCAUUCAAACGAAAGCAAGUUUCUAAAACUCUUUUGAAA